GCUUCUGUCCACCGGGAUACCGCAGCCGCAGUCCCCACCCGAACCUUCAGCGCGAAGGCAGUGCUUUGUGGGAGGGAUUUUUACGCCCGCCACUACAACUUCAGUACCCAUGAGAAAUACCAAUAACAAGUCAGCUUACAGGGAAGAGGUCGAGAACCUGGAGCGCUGGAGCCGAGACAACAACCUCGCCCUGAACUCCAAAAAGACAAAAGAGCUGAUACUGGACUUCAGGAGCCGGAAACACAUGGACCACCACCCCUUCAGCGUCAGUGUCGAGAGAGUGGAGGUGGUCCAGAGCUUCCGAUUUCUCGGGGUUCAUAUCAGCCGAGACCUGUCAUGGACCAGGAACACAAAUGCAGUAACAAAAAAGGGACUUCAGAGGCUUCACUUCCUGCGGAGCCUGAAGACAGCACGUCUUCCACGGCAGCUCCUGGUGCACUUCUACAGGUGCACCAUAGAGUCAGUGAUCACACACUGCAUCACUGCGUGGUACUCUGGCUGCACCUUGGAGAACAGGAAGACCCUGCAGCGCAUCAUCAAGUCAGCCCAGUGGAUCACUGGCACCCAGCUUCCAUCACUGGAAGAAAUCCGUCACACCCGGUGCAGCCGCAGAGCUGAGAAAAUAAGCAAGGACCCAACACCCACCCUGGACACUCACUCUUUACACCCCCGCCAUCCGGUAGACGGUACAGAACCCUGUACACACGCACGACCCGGCUGAGGAACAGCUUUUACCCUACAGCUAUCACACUACUGAAUUCAAAGCACUCAUCUCUAACAUUCUGAAUAUUUGUGUACCGGUACUUAAACCUGCUGUAUAACUCUAAUUCUACCUCUGCAAAAUUGCUCCUGCACUGCACUUUAUACAAAAUCAUAACCAUUCAUGAGUAUGAUUAUAUUGACCUAAUUUACCAGCACCUUAUUCACUGUGAAUGUGUGUAUGUGUGUGUGUGUGUGUGUGUACAUAUUUUAUUCUUUGGAUUUUAUUGUAAUUUUUUACUGUGUAUCUGCUGAUGCGCUCCAAACAAAAUCUCAUUGUACUUGUACAAUGACAAUAAAGCAUCUUUAUCUUUCUCUUUAUAAAGAACACAUAUCAGAUGUUAUUGUCUUAUUCGCUCAUGGGAGUUUUACUUACACAAAGUUGGUCUGAUGGCAGAAAGAAAAAUGAUUGGUUCAGAGAGAUAACCAAUAAGAUUGUAGAGGAGGUGGGUCCAAGCAACUAGAGGCGGAACCAUGACAUCUGAUUGGUUAGUGACACUUCCUCUUGUUGCUUGUUGGAUUUUAUUUGGGGUGUGAAAAGCAUGUAAGGAGACACCUUCAGUAAAGAAUCAUCAU